CAUCAUGCGACAGCUUUAACUUUAGCUAGAAGCACAUCUAUACUCGCUUCAGACUAUCAUUAUUCAUUUCACUACCAACAAUACCUUGGGAUGGAUUAAGCAACAAGCCUCUCAAAUUGUUGCCAUCUUUUUUCAAAUUGCUGCCAGCAGCAGAACACAAUUGAGAGCAGUAGCCACAGCCUGGAAACAGGAUAUGCUAGAAUAAGAGGUCUUCAAGCAAACUCACCUGAAACAACACUAUUCACAGACAACUGCAAAGCUUAAAAAUGCCACUUUUUGGAUGGAUGAAAUGGUCAAAAAAUGAUCCCUACAAAACCACACAGUAUCCUGGAUCAGAAGUAGUUACAAAAACUCUGCUGAGGGAACUGAAAUGGCACCUGAAAGAGCGUGAAAGAUUAGUGCAAGAGAUUGAAAAUGAACAAAGAGUCCAGAAGACUGGUAUGGAUUACAACUGGCUGAAGAGCUACCAAAAUCCUCAAGCCACAAUUCCAGCUACUGAACAACGGCAGCUUGAAGUUCUCUGUUCACAGAUCCAGCCCUGCCAAACAGGAACUGUUCUCAGCAGAUUUCGUGAAGUUUUGGCAGAAAAUGAUGUUUUACCUUGGGAAAUAGUCUACAUAUUCAAGCAAGUUUUAAAAGAUUUUCUUACUACCAUUGAGAGAGAAAACCAACAAGAGCAGCUGGCAGAUGCGUGGAAUACAAAUUGCUCCGAACACUUCGGCCCCCGUGGAGACAGUUCUAACAAAUCAGACAAAGAUGAAAUCCCCACGGUUUCAAGCUACGUUGACAAAAAUACACAAAGCAUGUUUCCCACCUUCUCUCAUAGAAUCUGGAAUCUACCGUAUUACUAUCCAUCAAGUUAAGUUGGUUUGUGUUUCUUUCAAAAAGCUCCGCAGCUAUCUGAAUUCUUUUGGUGUGCUCACUGCCCAUAAACAAGAGAAGCGGGACAUGCUCCCCUUUGCUCUAAGUUCAGAAGUUAAAAUCCUUGGUAAUAGCCAGUAUGCCUUCUACAAGCUUAAAAUAUGAUACUCCUCCUCUUCUUAUCAGUGUAUUAUCAGUGUAGUUCCUUAAAGAUGUUGUGCUCAAAGGUACCUUUUAACCAAAAA